CACUUGUAUGUAGAGGACUGUUGGCCUCUGAAGGAACUGAGCCAGUUCAGGCCAGCCUGCUGCGCUUUCUCUCCUUUACUCCUUUUCUUUCCCCUCUCGCUCUCUCUUCCCUUCCUGUCUGUUUCAGGAGUGAAGGAUUGGGACAUUCCUUCAAGCUACUUUACUUCAACUUUCUGUGGGAUUUAAACAUGCACACUGAGGUUUUGGUACAGUCCAUGUUAGUGCCGUUGUUUCUGAUCCUUCUCUCUUUCAUUGAGGACACUUUGUUGCAGUCGGUGAGCCAGGUGGGUGGUGUGUGCAAGCUGUCCACAGAGUCAUCCUUGCGUCGCUGCCGGACGCCUGAUGGCAAGAUCUGCAGUGGAAGGGGAAAAUGUAACUGCGGCAUUUGCAUAUGCGGGGCCACAGAACCUGGGAAGUUCUAUGGUCCACGCUGCGAAUGCCAGGACUGGGUCUGUGCUACAUAUAAUGGGAAAACCUGCAAUGACCGUGGCUACUGUGACUGUGGGGUGUGUGAGUGUGAUGAAGGUUGGUACGGUGAUGCCUGCCAGUUUCAGGAAGACUGUAACCUAUCGGGCAAGAAGAGCAGGGGGCUUUGCAAAAACCAACAGGGGGUGAUCUGCUCCAACAGAGGAACCUGCCACUGUGGUAGCUGCAUGUGCGACAAUGAAGACGAGAGAGGCCUGGUGACAGGACGUUUUUGUGAGUGUGAUGACAGCGAGUGCCUGGAUGAAGAAACUGGAGAGAUUUGUGGAGGGCAUGGCCAGUGUUACUGUGGAAACUGUUACUGUGCUGCUGGUUGGCAUGGAGACAAAUGUGAGUUCCAGUGUGCCAUGAGCCCAUGGGAAAGCAGGCAGAAAUGCACAUCUCCAGAUGGCAAAAUCUGCAGCAACAGAGGGACCUGUGUGUGUGGAGAGUGUAGCUGUCAUGAUGUGGAUCCCUCUGGCGACUGGGGAGAUAUUCAUGGAGACACCUGCGAGUGCGAUGAGAGGAACUGUCAUGCAACAUAUGACCGGUACACAGAUGACUUCUGCUCAGGUCAUGGCCAGUGCAACUGCGGCAGGUGUGACUGCAAGGAAGGGUGGGCAGGGAAUAAGUGUGAGCAUCCUCUGUCCUGCUCCCUGUCUUUGGAAAGCAGUUUGAAGAAGUGCAGAGGAACGUCCAAUUUGCCCUGCUUCGGACGAGGUCAGUGUCAGUGUGGACAGUGUACUUGCCACCCACCUGGAGACAGUCGUGUUCAUGGCAAAAACUGUGAGUGUGACGACCGUCAGUGCGAAGACAUCAGUGGAGAGGUCUGUGGAGGUCACGGUUACUGUUCAUGUGGACGGUGCAUCUGUGAGGAGGGUUGGUUUGGGAAGCUGUGCCAGUUCCCCAGGUCUUGUGAUAUGAGCGAUGCCCAGAGCAAGGAGCUUUGUGAGACCUCUGAUGGAGUUAUAUGCAAUGGAAAAGGCUCCUGUCACUGUGGUAAGUGUAUCUGCAAUCCCCGAGACUGGUGGGUGUCUGGAGAGUACUGCGAGUGUGACGACCGCGAGUGUGAUAGACAUGACGGGAUCAUCUGCACAGGGAAUGGGUUGUGCAACUGUGGCAACUGUGAGUGCUGGGACGGCUGGACGGGGAAUGCUUGCGAAAUCUGGGUGGGAGAAGAAUACUGAGGUGAACAGAGAGCAGGACACUGAGUUCAGAGAAUUGAGGCAUGGCUGCCCGGUGUGACCAGGAGCACCACGAGUCACGACCAAGCUGGUGAAACACCACGUUAUCGAAACCACGGGGAGGAGAAAGGAAGACUAAAACAUGGAUGCAAUUCUGCGUAUCACAAACAGCAUUCAUUAUUUUAUUGUACUGGUUGCAAAUGAUCCUUGUUAAGACUGGAUUUUGUAGAUGAAAAGAAACAACCAUAGCUCUCCGCUUAAAUCAUAUUACAAUGUAAACAUUUAUGUUUUCAAAGCAGUUUUGAUUUUUUUUUUUUUUUAUAUUGUAGGAAUGCUUACAUAUUUCAAAUGGCU